AUGGGAGACACUCAGUCUGCGCAACGGGAGGGCAAGAAUGAUGCAGCAGCUGAGGAGAGUGCAAAUGUGGAUGAUGUUCAAACUGAACAGCAAAUUGAAGACAAGCCUCUCAGAAACAAUGGGCAGAUCUCUGAGAUCAAUGGGACAGCAGACAGCUCUAUAGCAGAACUUAAUGGUCUCUGUGAGGAUGCGCUUGCUGCAGAGGUUGUUCUUUGUCCAGAGAAAGAUGCCCAAGAAGAGUUGAAAGUAGAAGUGGUGACACCCUUGGAAGAGGAGCUGCCUGUUGAAGCAGAUGCUAAUGAAGUAGAACCAAUUGAAUUGAUUGAGAUGGAGGCCAAGCAGAAUGACAUCAAUGAAGGUUUUAGGAAGUUUUUCAGCAACAUAAGUUUGAAGCUGACUGUGAAGAGAGGCUCUACAGACAAAGCUGAUAUGGCAAAACAUGUGCCUGAGGAGGAGUUAGACAAACCAGAUGACAUCAAAGAUACCGUAAAUGAAAUCACUUUUGAGACUGCUGAACAAAAUACAGAUUGUAACACAACACCAGAGCUUCUUGACAAUGACUCAACUACGUAUCAGACGCUGACAGAUGUCCCAUCUGAGGAUUUUGUAGAAAAAGCGGAGGAGGAAACAAUAGAAACCAAAGACAAAGAAGCUGCACCUAAAGAUGCAGAUGCAUCAACAACUUCACCAGAAAAUGAAGACACUGACCAGGAUGCCACACCUGAAGAAGAAUCACUACUAUCCCCAUCUCAUCCAGAUGAAAAAGAAAUUACAACUCCUUUUAAGAGGUUUUUCACAACAGGAAUCUUUUCUGGCAUUAGAAAGAAAAAGAAGCCCAGAGAGGACGAGGCAGCUGAGAAAGAACUGGUAGAUAUGGGGAAAAAGAUGGCUGCAGAGACAACUGAUCAAACUGUACAAGACGAACAACAGGAUGAAGAGGAGAUUGCUCCUGGUGUUGAAGGACCCACAGCUGAAAGAGAGCUUGAGAGCAAUGAGAAAGAGGAGAUCCUGACAGCAGAAGCAACAUCCUCAUCUGGAAAUGAACCUGUUCAAGCCAGCCCCCUGAAAAAACUCCUGUCAGGCUCUAGUUUUAAGAAAAUCUCCAAAAAGCCGAGAAGCAGGAAAUCAAGUGAUGCAAAGCUCUCUGACUCUGGGGAACACAAUCAGCUCCUGUCAUCUACAGAGUCAGCUGAGACUAAGACCACCACAGAGACAGCAGCUGGAGAGGAUGGAGCGUGGGCUUCCUUCAAAAGACUUAUGACUCCACAAAAGCGCAUGAAGAGGCCCUCUUUGAACCAAGAGGAGGAAAAGAUUCCAGGCUCCAUAGAUGGAGCAAAGCACAAAGAAGGAGAGCAAAUAUUAGAACGCAGCACAGAGGAAGGAAAAAAGAGAAAAGAUUCAUCUGUGUCAUGGGACGCUGUUUUGUGUGGUUCUGGAAGAAGAAGCCAAAAAACAUCAGACUCUGAAGAUGAAACUCCUCACGAAGACAACAAACAAGACAGUGGAGCCAAACUGUUGCCAGCAGGAACUUCUAAUGAGGUGCCCGAUGAUCUGACUUCAUCCCCCAAAGAGACAGAAAAUCCUCCAGAGGAAGACGAAGGGUCCGCAUGGAAAUCAUUCAAAAAACUUGUCACCCCUAAAAGGAAAGCAAAGGAUGAUGAUGAAAGUAAAGAUAACAUACAGUCUGACGGUGAAGUUGCUCAAGAUGAUUCUUCCUUCUCCAUAAAGAAACUCCUGCCAGGACGAAAGAAGAGAAAGUCUCUGGAAAAGCAAGAGCAUGUAUCUUCUGAAGAGGCCAAUAAAGAAGUAGCUUCAGGUGACGAGGACUCUGAGACACCAGCCGUGGUUCCACUGUCAGAGUUUGAUCAGGAGGAGACAGAACUCCAUGUACAAACAGAGGCAGAUGUAGAAAGUAACGUACCAAAAGAAGCAGAUGACAAACUCCAUGAUGAGAUAACAGAGCAAGUCCUAGCUCAUGACAGCCCGACAGCUGAGGCAAAGGAAAUCCAAGAUAAUGAAGCAGCUGUAGAAAAGGAAGUUGCUCCAGCACCUGUUACAGAUGAAGAACCAGAAGACCUCACCGAAUUGAUCAGUAAACAUCAACAGCUCAGUGAUAUCCCAGAGGAGGGUGUAAUUACAGAGACGACUCCAGUAUCUGUCACUGAGGAGGCGGCAAGAGAUGAUACCAUCGCAGAGGACCUGAUAGAGAUCACAUCUGAGGCCGUCACUGCUCCAGAGCCUGUGGACAUUACCCUGGCGGAUGAAACUGAGAUGGUCUCUGCGGUUUCUCAGUUAUCAGAGUCCUCAAAAACAUCUGGCAACACAACACCUGUACCUGCUGAGUACAACGUCAUGAACAUAGAGGUGCUGCUGCAGCAGGUUUCUGAAUCUGUCUCCAUAAGUCCAAACGCAGUCCCGGUGAGUACGGAGGAGCCUAACUCUGAAAGAGUUGUAUGUUCAGUCUCACAUCAAAUACUUCAAUCAUCAGUUACAAACCAGCCAAAAGUACUGGAAUUACACAGAAGAUCGGAUGCAACUGCUAUUAUAACCGGUCUAAACACUGAAGCAAUCAGUGCAGUUAAUGAACUUGAAGCAACAGCGGAAACUGAGACUGUGUCUCAUCUCAGUGAAGCUUUUCCAACAGAAAUUGCAGCAGAGGUUCCCACCAAGGAGCUUGACAAUGCUGAGCCUGCUGCAGAUGAAGUAGGUAAAGUCACUGUUUCAGAGUUACAAGAAAGAAUUAAAGCAUUAGAAAUUGCUGAAGAAAACCAACAUGUAGUGGAAUCUGUAUCAGAGGUAAAUGAAGACUUGUCUAUUGAGCAGGUACGUGAAGGUGAGGAGGAAGUUGCCCUGGCUAAAGAAGUUAUAAAGGAUCAAAUUGAGAAGGAUGUCUCAAAAAUACACUCACAAGAGGAGGAAUCAGUUGUGGUAUCAGCAGAAGAAACUCAAGAUGCAGCUGUGAAAGAGGAAAUCCAAAUUCUGGAAGAUGAGGAAAUUGAAAGUACACAAAAUGUCUCUGAGCAAGCUCAGACUGAAGAUCAACCACCCUCUUUGGCGGAUGAGUUGAAGGCUGUGUUAGCAUCAGAGGAGUGUGAUGUUCAGUCACCUGAAGUACCAUCCUAUAAGGAUAUUCCACCACUUGAAACAGAAACAGACAAACCCAACCAGACAGUUCAGGAUCUCACUAAAGCAACUGAUGAGACAACAAACAAAGAACCACAAACAGAAGAAGUUGAAAACUUUGAAGUUGCCGAAGUUUCUGAGAUCACAGACGUUAAAGAGGUUGCAAAAGUUUCUGAGAUCACAGACGUUAAAGAGGUUGCAAAAGUUUCUGAGAUCACAGACGUUAAAGAGGUUGCAAAAGUUUCUGAGAUCACAGACGUUAAAGAGGUUCCCGAAAGUGCAGAAGUUACUGAAGUUGAAGACAUUUCUGAGGUUACAGAAACUAAAGUUAUUUCUGAAGCUACAGAAGUACCAGACGUUGAACAUGCAGCACCAACCGAACCAGAGGAAGAUAAUGCUCAAGUUCUUAAAAAUGGAGUAAUAUCAGAGGAUGCUCAUCCACCAGCAGAAAAAGUUGAAGAGGAACCGAAAAAGGAACCAGAACCACUGACUGAAGCUAAUGUUGAUGCUCCUGAACCUGAUGACACUCAAGAAUCAGAAGCUGCUGUAGCUCCUACAUUAGAUUCAGAAGCAGCGGGCUCUGAGUCCCUUGAAGAGGAAAUUAUAUCAGAUGUUACUUCAACGAUGGAAACAAUUACAGCUGAAGCGGAACAGACAAGUGAAGUUAAUGCAGAGCCUGAAGAGGUGCUAAAACCAGAGGUAUCCCCACCUGACGUCAAAGAUGUAACAGAGACAGAUACAGAGGCAACUAAAUCUCCAUGUGAGGCUGCACACAGUGUUGAGGAAAGCCAAACAUUAGUAGAAGAUGCUCCACAAUCUGAAGAAAAGGAAAAUGCUGCAGAAGAAAUUGAAAGUUCAGCUGCAACACAAUUGGAUCAGGAUUGCAAGAUAAAUGAAAUAUUCCCUAUUGACACUCAGGUUGAGCACGAGGAAAGCGUUGUUGAAGCUGCAAACGAGCUACAUGCAGUGGCAGCAGUUCACAUACCGUCUGUUAAUGAAGAACCAAGCUGUGCUCAGCUCCUUGAAAAAACCAUAUGUAUUGAAGAAAGCCCUGCACCUUGUGUAGACUCCGCUGAAGCUUCAAGUGAACCCACAAGUGAAGUGAAUGUUUGUGUAGUGCAGGAUAACGUAGAGGGAGAAAAUGUGAGUAAACUUCUUCCAAGCCCUGAAGUAAAGGCUGCUGCAUCUGAUCAUGCUGUAGUGAUGCAAGUAGCCACACGCAGUCUAAAAGGUGUUACAGCUGAGAAACCUAACCUUUCGGUUCCUGAACCCUUGAUGACCAAAUUUUCAUCCGAGACAGAGUUUUAUGAUGUCAUUGAGACCACAGUGCCAUUAUUGAAUAAUGAUAUAAGUGAGAUAGCAGAGGAGCGCAGUGUAGUCAUGAUGAUGCGCGUGCCUUUAGUGGAGUUUGAGGAAAAUCACAGGUUCCAGGUCCAUGUGAUGAAUGUUGAUAUCAGACAUGCUGAGAAUUCAUCUGAGGCAGCCAUAGAGGUGGGGAUUCUAGAAGCCAAAGAAGUCAUCGAUGUUUGUCAUGAAACCAUUCAGAAGGUGGAGAAUCUCUCUGCCACGGCUAAAAUUGAAGGGGAAAUUGUUCAAGACGACGUCAGAAUGACAGUUCAAGAAAUCAUUCAGCAUGUAAAGGAAGACGAACCGGAGACAAUACAAUCUGAAGCUGGAACUGAACUGAGCGAAUCGAAUAAGGUGAAAGGUACAAGCAUGAUUAAGGAAAGCAUGGAGACAGUUGUGGAAAAACAAAGUGAUGACUCUGAAAUCCCAACGCAGCAACAAGUGGCUGAAGAUCACACGCAAAUAUCUGAUAUUCCCGAUAUCACAGCAGGAGAUGCAACAGCAGAGGAAUUAGCUGUGAAGAAAUUGAAUAAAAACAUGGAAACACAACUUCAAACUACCCAAAACCAGAUUGUGACACAUAGCAACAGUGGAUUAAUCUCAUCAGCUGGUAAUGUGGAGUCCCCUUCAAGCCUUUCUUUAGAGUUUAAACUGAACAUACAGUUUGGGCAAAGCAAGGUGCAAGCACCCGCUUCCCCCCUCACAGAGCGAGCCGAACCUGUGAAACAGUCCGACAUGUAUGAAGCUGGCAUUCAGGCGGUGGAAUCAGUUGAACCUGAGCCACAAAGAAACCUAACACAGACAGCUGAGAUUGUGAAACAGACAGAGCAACAUGAGGUAGCAGUUCAGGCAACAGAAGUCACAGAACCAGAUGCAGACAUCCAUUCAGAUCAAAGAGCUGUGAUUGCAAGUAUGCCAGUGCUACAGGAAGUCGGCAUGCAGGCCAUGGAAACAAUAGAACCAGUGGAAAAAGUCAAAUCUACAAAGAGUGCAGUCACGAAGGUCCAGGCAUCAGAGAUAAUAGAGCCGGUGAGACAAAAAGAAAAGAGAGCAGUCAUCAUGAGUAAGCCAGUGCUCUUUGUGAAAAAUGCAGAGGAAGAUGUUCAAGAGAUUGAAGAGGAAAAUGAUCAAGAUGUGUGGCUGGAUGCAGAGGAAGACAUUUUUACUCAAGAGGAAGCACAAAGAUAUGCUCAUGAGGCUGAAGAAUCUGAGGAGCUGCUAACUGAAAGUGAACCUGAGGAAGAAGAGGAGGAAGAAGAAGAAGAAGAGGAAGAAGAAGAAGAAGAUGAAGAAGAUGAUGAUGAACAUGAGUUGGAAAUGGUGUCUAGCCCCGAGACUGAUGAUAACGAAUAUCAACAGGAGACACAAAAAACUGUUGGUGAAAUUGAGAGUGAGGGGGAAGAUUUUGCGGUUGCACUUGAGGACCUGGAGAGCAGCAUCACUUCGGAGGAUCUGGAUUAACAUAAACCUGCUCGUUUGUUUCUGACUGGUUGGACCAUAAAAAAGCAAAAGGAAGACAGCAUCCAAAAGCCUCUAAAGCCUUUUCUUUGGAACUGUAUUAAUCCAGAGACUCUUAAUAUUUACUCAUGAGACCAGUCUUGAUUUUUAAGAUUACAUUAUAAAGUAUUUAGCCUAAAUUUUGGUGGUGGCGUGGCAAGAGAAGUAUGGACUAUGAAAGUGCUAUUCUUCUCAGGGGGGAUGCAAAUAGAUCCAACAUACAAACACCAAUUCACUAAAUUUUACCAGUUUUUGGUUUACUGAUCUUAUUUAACACCUUAUUCACUUUUUGAAUAGAAUGUAUAUGUCAGAGAGAUUAAUAUUUUUAACUGGCUUGUCUUUUAAGCUUUAAAAAGCAUAUAAAUAAAUUCAGGAGCAUCAUUAAUUCAUGUGUGUCACCCCCAACACAGCACAUAUCUUUUUAUAUUUAAGUGUAUGUAGAUAUUUCACAGCUUUCAUUGUGUAUCGUCUAUGUUCAUAAAGUUUUGUUUUUAGCUUUUGUUUAACUAUUUAAUAUAAACACAUGUUCCUAUAGGAUAUAAAAUAACUGGUAAAGCUGAAAGUACUGAGGAUAUAUAAUGUUUUGUGUUGUAUAUAAUGUGUUUUUAAUGCUCACUCAGGCUGACCUGUGCGCAUUUCCAAUCUACAAUCCCAAGUGAAAAAGCUGACACUGAUUUGCAGUAAUUCUUCCAUUUUUUUUUAUUUUAAUUUCACUGCAAACACCUUAAACAACCCAAGAUAUUUCAUGCUUUUAUCAGCCAAAAAUGACAUCAUGUUAAUAUGCAUCUGUUUCUGCUGUUCAGGGCUGUUUGAACUGUACAGUUUUGAAUACUUUUCCACUCUUAUACCACUAAAACGAUGUUUUGGUGAAGUUUGUACCCUUAAAACAAUGAAAUUCCUUAAUUAAUCUAGUAAGAUUAGGCUGUGCAGGGGGAGAGAUAUGCAAAUACCUUGCAAUCUUUUAUUAAUACUGUCCCAUUUCUCCUCCUCAAACACUCAGCCUUUCAUGGGUACUGCUUCUGGACCAAAUCAUGAUUGCCUGUGGACGUCAACUGUAUGAGAUCAUUUCUCUUUUUCUUCUUUAAACCUGAUCCAAGCCCUGAGUUUCCCCAGUCCCAGCUUUUUAAAAAGGAAUUCAGGCCUGAAAUGCAGGGAUGUGUGUAUAUUGAUACUAAAAUAGAACUGAAAAGAUGACAAAAUUGAAAUAUCUUGGGUUGAUAUUGUUUAAUUUUUACACCAUUUGGUACGUAAUAAAAAUUCAACUCUGCAGGACACAACAAAGUUGUCAACAUGUCUUUAGUUUAAAUGACUUCAUCACAGACUGUCAUUAAUAUAAUCUGUGGAGACCUAUUUACAGCGGUUUUAGUUGUGCUGGCUUUCUUCCAGCUGUCUGUGUGCAUAUCAGUGAGAUAAUUGUUGAUAAAAUUAGCCCAGUAACUAAAAUGCAACAGUUCUAGAAAGAUGCCAUGCUACAGAUGUGUUUACAUUUCGUCUUUUUAUUCAACAUAUAAUGAACUUUUAAGACACCUUUCACACCUCAACUAAUGUUUAAAAGCAAAACACAGUCCUGA